AUAACUUAUUGUAUGCGGAAUUAUCAUCAUGUGAGAACGGAAAUCGCAAUGUUGUUGAUGGUAUUAGAGUCCAGAAAAUAAUUAAGAAAUGGGGUGUUGUUUUAGUUCAGAUGAGGAUAAAGAUGUUGGUGUUCAAAGUGCAAAUGAAAGGACGCCAUUAAUUCCUCCUCCUGGUGAUAUCAGUCAGCCUAGUCAUGGGGGGCGUGUAGGACCAAACUAUACAACACCUAAUGGGAAGAAAGAUGAUGGACAAUCUGAAUUCACGCGAAUAAUUCGACAAACGGCUAUAAAUGUCAUAGAUGUGACUUCACCAGAAUCACAGAACAUUGAGCAAGGAGAAAUGCAAGAUAGGGCUACUCAAUACAGCAACCGUCUGAAUAUGGCACUUUCUGGCAAGUCAAGAGUUUACAGACCUAAUUUACCUCUUGGGGUUACAUCACCACAGAUGACUCUGUCUGCAGCACCUGUCUCAAUGUCUGAUGUUCAAUUGAUAACUAGUGUUAGUGAGAAAUUAACCAGUGCUGCCAAAGAGAUCAAGAUCCAACACAAAGAAAACUUAGUUGUUAAUUUUGGAGGUUCAUGAUUUCUAGUUCAUGUUAAUACCGUAAAUUUGUUAGAAGUAUGAAAGUUUUGAUCAUCAAAUUUUUUUUUGAACAGUGUACAUAUAUUUCUGAAUGCAUGCAAGUUUGUGCAUAGUGUGAAUCUUUUGAAUGAACUUAAUGCAAUGGAUGUGUGCUUAUUUUAGUCUAUACCAUGAAACUUUCCUUCAAGUUUAAAGAUGUGACAAAUGGAGAUGUUACAAGAGUGGUUUUUAAUAUGCUUUGCUGCUUCUGAAAUGAUCCUAGUAAAGAUUUUAUUCCAUUGGUUUGAGGAAUUACUUAAGUCAAGCAAUAUAUGGAUACCGGUACCUGGCAAAAUGGUAUUUGUUAAUUUAGCUGGCCACAUAAUGUCCAUGUUAACUGCAAAAUAAGCACAUUAACUUAAUUUUACUUCACAUGACCUGUUAAAAGGUCUUAAGGGUCUCAAAAAAAAAUAACUUUUUUUUUUACCUUGAGGUUGAAAAGAUGGGGGAUUGUGGGUUCCUCUGUAAAUAAAUGCAUCAACGUCUUUCAUGCCUUAGCUUGAAGAAUUUUAAGAUAACUUUCUUGGGUAAUUUAAUAUUUACCCACUGACAAUUAUUUCCUCAGUUUUCUUUUAAAAAUGUUUAUUGCUGGUACUGUAGUUAACUUAAUUUGUAUAAUCAUAAUUGCAAUCAUAUUAGUAUUACCAGUAUUUGUCUUUUGCCUUGCUCUACAAUGAAAUUUUUUGUCAUAAGUAAUAUAAAACUUAUAUUACAAAGUUGAACAUGUAAUAAAAUCAAAGAUCAUUUUCAAUUUAUUGCAUUGACUGGCUGAUAAAAAAUAUAGUUCUUUAAAUAUAUCACUUGAAUAGGGUUUCUUUCUUUUUGUAAUUUUCUCUCUCCUAGAUAUGUUCUACUAUGUUAGAGCUAUGAAAAAAUGUUAGUUAAUGAAUUUUAAAUUGUAUGCAUGUAUGAUUACCUCUUUAUAUUACCAUCACUGAAAAAAAAAUGUUUUUGUAAAUAUUUUUUGCAUUUGCAAAGUAAACAAGUCAUCAUUCUCUAUAA